AUGCCAGAAUAUGAAUUGAUCUACUUUACCGCCGCCGGCAGAGCUGAGCCCAUUCGUUUGAUCUUGCAUUAUGGUGGAAUCCCAUUCAAAGAUACGCGCUUGGACAGCACCGAGUGGCAAAACUGGAAGGCGGACAGCAAAAGUGAGACUAAAAUCAUAUUUUAUGCCUCAGGCAUUUCCUUGUAAACCUUCGAAAAAAAUCCAAAAAAUUUCGGAAAAUUUGAAAAAUUUUUUCAGAAAUUCCAUUCGGUAUGAUCCCAGUUUUGCACAUUGAUGGCAAACCGUUGUGUGAGAGUCACACCAUCACUCGGUAUGUCGCCAAAAUUGCUGGCAUUGAUGGUGGUCCGGAUCCGAUAGAAGCGGCACAUAUUGACCAGGUCUACGAGAUGUGUAGGGCGUUCUAUGAUGCGACUGUCAAAUACUUUUUGAGUUGUUUGGGAUUCACGCAGGACGAAAAGGUAGGCAAAGGCGAGUGCCGGCUUUUUCGGGUCGACUACUGUUCGGGUCAAUACAAAAUUGAUCGAUACGAUGCGUAGGGCAAGUGUAUGCCUAGAAAAGGUUAUGGGAAGUGCCUACGAAGCCUGGCAAGACCGUUAUAGGAUUGAUCUAUAGCCUAGGCUUGACGAUUGUGCGUACAAAGCAACCGGUCUAUAACAGAAAUUUUUUUUGCUUCCUUGCGAUUUGUUAUGUAAUAUGUAUACCAAAAUUUGACCGUAAUUCGUUGACGCGUGAGAAAAAAUCACCAAAGCUAACCGGUUCCCAUACAAAAAUAUUCGUUUUCCCUAGCGACGAAUUGAUUUCCACAAGCCCCACCGUAAUAUGUUCAUACAUACUACAUAUACUCCCCGUACAAUGUUUUGACCCCCCUCCUAACUCCGUCCAAAGUGUACUAAUUCGGACCAAAUUUGGUAUGUAGUAUACUCACAGGCUAGUAACAAAAAAUAACAUAGCUGGACCUACCUUAUAGUUGAAUAUCAAAAUCUAGGGGCAAUUUUCAAAAAUCACCUUAAAAAAUCGAGGAAAAAGUUUUGACCCCCCUUAAAAAACUUUAGAUAUCGCCAGCGGAUGCCACCCGAACCUAUCGUAAUCGACGUCCCAUACCUGAAUACAGGUUAAUAUAUGGUUUUCCGUUGAAUUCUUCGUUGCAUUUGAGUAUUCAACGCGUUAAACCGUUUUUGAUGAAGACCUGCCCAAAAUUGUAAAAAUCUUGCCCUAGCGCUUUCCUAGAGCUCUAAAUUGGGUUUAUAUUAUGUGCUUUAGACCUGUAUUUACCUUCUCCUUUCAAUAAAAGUGCAUGGUGGCCUGGCGGUGUAGAUUCGGCAGAUACCCUCUUGUCAUGCCCAGCCUUGGUGAGCCAUUUGCUCUUUGACUCAAGGUCGAGAUGUGGUCGUUAGGUCCUCAAUGUAAUCCUGAGACUCCUAGUUACUCUCAGUAAUGUAAAAUGUUUUGAUUUGACACGUUUUGUAGUGGGUUUCAUUCACCUUAAUCUUAAGUUUGCCGUUACUGUAGAUGACCCCGAGUACUAUUACAUCCCCACCUCCCAUUUGGCGUUUCAUACGUCUCAAAUGAGUAUGGUGGGUGCUGUAGCGUCUUAAAUUACCUGGUCCAUCAAAUGAAAGCCGUCUUUGGUGGCUAAAAAUCCAUUUGAAAAACGCGGGUUUUUCGUUAAGGUGCAGAUCGGCGAAGUUGCGCCUGCAAACCAUAUGAGACCGUGUCAGCCGGAGUUUAUUCUUUGUUUGAGAGUAACUAGGAGUCUCAGGAUUACACUGAGGACCUAACGACCACAUCUCGACCUUGAUUCAAAGAGUAAAUGGCUCACCAAGGCUGGGCAUGACAAGAGGGUAUCUGCCGAAUCUACACCGCCAGGCCACCAUGCACUUUUAUUGAAAGGAGAAGGUAAAUACAGGUCUAAAGCACAUAAUAUAAACCCAAUUUAGAGCUCUAGGAAAGCGCUAGGGCAAGAUUUUUACAAUUUUGGGCAGGUCUACAUCAAAAACGGUUUAACGCGUUGAAUACUCAAAUGCAACGAAGCAUUCAACGGAAAACCAUAUAUUAACCUGUAUUCAGGUAUGGGACGUCGAUUACAAUAAUUUUGCGUGGCAUCCGCUGGCGAUAUCUAAAGUUUUUUAAGGGGGGUCAAAACUUUUUCCUCGAUUUUUUAAGGUGAUUUUUGAAAAUUGUUUCUAGAUUUUGAAAUUCAACUUUAAGGUAUGUCCUGCUAUGUUAUUUUUUGUUACUAGCCUGUGAGUAUACUACAUACCAAAUUUGGUCCGAAUUAGUACACUUUGGACGAAGUUAGGAGGGGGGUCAAAACAUUGUACGGGGAGUAUAUGUGCAUAUAUACAUACUAGCGAUAUUACCCAAUUUCAGGAAAAACUCUUCGAUGACGUCUUCUCGCCGAACGUGCAAAGGCACUUCAGCCACAUUCGGUCGCAACUCAGGCCGAGUGGGUUCUUCGGCGACAAGCUCACGUACGCGGACCUUUACUGGUCUUUGGUGAUCACAUUCUACAAUAAAUACCAUCCCGAAAUCAUUCAAAAAUACCCGGAAUUCUUGGAGCAGGCCCGAAAGGUUGACGCACUGCCGCAACUCCAAGAUUACCUAAAAUCAAGGCCGGAGACCAAGUUCUAG